AUGGUCAGUUCACCGCACUCCCCAACCCCGCGUCCCCUUUCCUCACUAAUCGAUUUUCCUUUCUCGUCUGCUGCAGACCCUUCCUCGACGUACCUCCGGUUUUCUCCAGCUCCCGGUGCACGUCAGGACUCCAACCUCUUUCUCUCAGCCCAAAACCCCUUCGUCCACGUAGACGCCAGCCACACCAGUUCCCGCGGCCUCUACAUCCUCAACACUGGACACCCCCGCCACCCCCUGUCUCUAAUCUUCUCCUGUCUAUCAAACUACCGCGUGGGCCUUCUCAAGCGCAUAGAGUUCUGCUGUGGGCGCAAUGGCGCGCCGCCCUCCUGUCAUGAUCUGUUGGCCUUACCUCGUCAUGGUGGCCUCCGUUUCUGCCCCGAUCUUCCCGUCCCACUCCCCUACUCCUACGCACUCACCACCGGUGCAGUACUCAACCUCACGCUAGAUCCGGUCUUCCAACGCAAGUCC